AUGGCAAAUUCUUAUGUCACUACAUCUGAUGGUUACUGUUUUGCUGAACCAGUGCAGUACUAUGAUAUUCUGCCAGAGCAAAUCAACUAUCAGCUGCACGACACUGAUUGUCAAGAAUCAGCUUAUUGCCAGUACUCUACGGUCCAGUUUCCAACAGCUCUGCAGUCCCAAUCUUUACAAAGUCAUUUCAACACUUACAGCUUGGAUCCACAGUUUGGUGGUGGAGAGUGUGGAUUUGGUUCCUAUGAACUAAAUAAACCCACUUAUGUGGUUGACCAUGAUGCUGAAGAUGGAUAUUCUGGAAUAAAAAGGUCCAGACUAACUCACUCUUCUAUUCGGAUUAAGCGGCAGGAAGAACUCUGUGUAGUUUGUGGUGAUAAAGCAUCAGGAUAUCAUUAUAAUGCACUUACUUGCGAAGGUUGCAAGGGUUUUUUUCGACGUAGUAUCACCAAAAAUGCAGUAUAUCACUGCAAGAAUGGUGGCCACUGUGAAAUGGACAUGUACAUGCGUAGGAAAUGUCAAGAGUGCAGACUGAAAAAGUGUAAGGCAGUAGGAAUGCUGGCAGAAUGUUUGCUCACAGAAAUCCAAUGCAAAUCAAAGAGACUUCGAAAGAACUUUAAACAGAAGAAUAGUUUUUACUCUAGCAUCAAAGUGGAAGAGGAAGGACUAGACAACAAGCUUGUAUCAUCCACUAGAGCUGGAAAAAUGAUUAAGGAGAGUAUGGAACUUACUCAAGAGGAACAUCAGCUCAUUAAUAACAUUGUGGCUGCUCAUCAAAAGUAUACAAUUCCUUUAGAGGAAACAAAGAAAUUUCUGCAGAAGUAUGUAAAUCCUGAACUGAGCUUUUUGAGACUCUCGGAGACAGUGGUCCUACACCUACAGGGGUUAAUGGAUUUUACCAAGGGACUCCCAGGAUUUGAAAAUUUGACGGCUGAGGACCAGACUGCAUUAUGCAAAGGAUCAAAAACUGAAGUGAUGUUCCUUCAUGGGGCCCAACUUUACAGUCAGAAAGAAUGUCUUUCAUCAGCUUCUGAAAGUCCUAUGAGAAUAUCAGAUCGUUCAGAUCAUUCACUGAAUUUUCCCAAUCAGAGUGAUAAUAGAAGUGUUAUUUAUUCUAUGGAAACAUUUUGCAAUGAAGACUGUCCACCUACUACACUGACUGGUAUUGCUGAAGAAUUUAUUACCACAUUGUUUUACUUCUACAGAAGAAUGAGUGAACUUAAUAUUACUAAUACUGAAUAUGCUCUGCUUGCAGCAGCAACUGUGUUUUUUUCAGAUCGUCCAUACCUUAAAGAUAAGCAGCAUGUGGAAAAUAUACAAGAACCCAUUUUACAAAUUUUGUACAAAUAUUCAAAAAUUUAUCAUCCAGAAGACCUACAGCAUUUUGCUCAUCUCAUAGGGAGGCUCACUGAACUGAGAACACUGACUCACAACUACUCAGAAAUACUUAGCACCUGGAAAGCAAAGGACCCCAAAUUGGCUAGUUCACUCUUGGAGAAAUGGAAUUUGUAUUCACAUUGUUGA